AUGUCAAGCGGCACCAGUACCGGCUCUCCCCCCGGCCCCAACGUCAUGGUGCACGUCUUCCCCAAGCCAGGGAAAGAAUCGCGCGUAGAAGAACUGAUCGUCCAAGCGAGCGACCAAGUCCGCGUCCACGAGCCCUGGAUCAGCCUGUACCGAUACUAUCGCGUCAAAAGGGACGUCUCGGACGCCGAGUAUAUCAUCGUCUUCCAGUGA